AUGCCGCCGAAAGCGCAACCACCCCCUCGCGGUGUUUGGGCCAACGCAAACACCAACAGUUUGCAGUUUUACACUAACGGUGGCCCCAAUAACACUAUUAACAACAAGGAUAUUCGCCGUAUUUUUAACUACUUCUGUCGCCCUCGCGGCAACAGUCCGUAUAAUGCUAUCUUCAGUCCGAGCCCUCGCGACUACUCGCCUAUGAUCGCACGUACGACUAUUACUGCUCAGCAGAUUCUCACUAGCCGUCCGUCCUACCUCAAGGCCUUUAUUAUACAUAGCCGCGGCGCUCUCAACGCGGCUUUUUAUACAAACAAUUGCGCCGCUAUUCUGCGAGGCGAGAAGAAGUUUACCGCAUUCGCUAGCUGCGUGUCCAUCGCCGACCAUAGAGCUCGUUACAGUGUCACUCAGCAGGCAGUCUCUCGUAUAGGAGGUGGGCGCAAGAGGCUCCCUAACGGUCCUAGCAGUGGCAACCAGCGUGGUCGUCCAGCUGCGGGUAGUGCCGAGAACCCCCUGCUCAUAGAGUAG